AUGGAAACCUUCUGCGCUUUCCUCCUCCUGGCAGCAGGAGCAACGUUGACUUCUGCCCAGAAUCCAACAGGAUCCUUGCUGUAUCCUUAUGGGACAUCUCAAGGUGACAGAAAGAAUGACAAGAUAGAUGAUGGAUCAUCUGCAGAGAUCACCAUUUCGGUUCCUUUCACCUUCUACACCAGGCCAUACCACUCUCUCUAUGUAAACAACAAUGGUGUGGUCUCAUUUGGUGUGAGAGUCCCACAGUACACACCUAACCCUUUCCCACUGGAUGGCGGGUCGCCCUUUGUAGCUCCAUAUUGGGGUGAUGUUGACAAUCGGAAAGGUGGGGAUGUUUUCUGGAGGCAAUCUCAGGAUCCCAGCUUGCUUCGGCGUUGCACUGAAGACAUCAAUCGGUACUUCCCUGGGGUCCCGUUCACUGCUGUCUGGGCCUUUGUCGCGACCUGGGACCAUGUGGCCUAUUAUGGGUCUACUUCAAACAAGGUCAACACCUUCCAGGCUGUCUUGACCACCAACAAGCAAAUCUCCUUCAUCAUGCUGAAUUAUGCUAGCAUCCAGUGGACCACCGGGACCGCAAGUGGUGGGGUUGCAAGCACAGGCCUUGGAGGAACCCCAGCCCAGGCUGGAUUUGACAGUGGAGACAAAACAAAUUACUACAACAUCCCUUCUUCCCGCACCCCUGAAGUCAUCAAUAUUGCGAGGACCACCAACGUGGGUGUGCCGGGGCGGUGGGUGUUCCAGGUGGAUGAAUUUGUGGUUCCAGCCCCCACGGAGAGCGAUGAUUGCCCACUACUGUUUCUCAGUGCCUACUCCUUGCUGACCAAACAGAACGCCUCUUUUGCUCCUGUAAAAAUCAUCCCUUACUCCAGUGAGGCGAAGAAAAGCCAGGACUGA